AUGCAUUUAUUGAUUAAAUAAUCUUGUAGGAGCUAUGCUUAAAGUACUUAAAUCAGUCAUUCGUACAGUAUGUGGAGAACAAACUCUAUAAGAGUUAUUAGGAGAUAGUUUUAGGCUAUUGUGAAGGAGAGUAUAUUAAUAAUUAAUAACAAUAGGUGUCUACAUAGAGAAAUAUGUUAUUAAAGAUCAAAUAUUAAGUGAUGAUUUAAGAUAAACAUUGGCAUUGACAUGA